CGGAAUAUUUGAUUGAAUUCCAACAUAGUGAGUUGGCCAAAGUAGUGUUUUUUGUUUUGAAUUAUAUUUAAGGCAUUUAAGUGAUGCUCGAUCUAUUUACGAUCUUCACCAAGGGUGGAAUUGUUCUAUGGUGCUUUCGUAACACCAAAGAGCUGUUUGUACCAUCGGUUAAUGCAUUAAUCCGCAAUGUUUUGAUGCAAGAACGUACUGGAAGUAAUUCUUACGAUCACAAUCACUUGACAUUACAAUAUAAACUAGAUAAUGAAUUCGAGUUGGUGUUUGUGGUUGCGUUCCAGAAGAUCCUUCAGCUCGCAUACAUCGAUAAAUUCUUAUCUGACAUACAUUUGGAGUUUCGUGACAAAUACAAGAAUGACUUAAGAAAACAAGGAAGAGAGUUUAAUAAUUUCGACUUUCUGGAAAAUUUCACACGGUUGCUUAAAGAAGCUGAAGCUUGGGGUCGUGAGCAAGCAACCAUUCCACGUCAGAUGAGAACAUUUGAACAAUCAAAUAAGUCUAAGAAAACUGUUGCAUCGAUGAUUGAACGUAAGGGCGACACAAGUCAAUUCCAAAACAAGAAGUCAGUCAAAAUUGUUGAAACACAAAAAGUUAGUCAUGAAGUAGAAGAAGAAAAGAAUGGGAAUACUGAAGAUGUAAUUCAGGCUAAUCGUAAGAAGAUGAUUGAGAGAUUGGGAAAAAAAUCUGAUAAGAAAAAGCCACAAAAGUCUCCAGGUGAUCAGGAAAAGAAAAAGCAAAAAAAUGCACGAGUUUGGGAACUCAAUGGAAAUGCAAAAGAUGCAAUUGAGUUGGAUCGUUCGAAGGAUCGACCAGAAGAUGUUAGAAGUGAUUUUACUAACAAUGACCGAAUGGUCGGUCAAUUAGUUGGAAAUGUUCGAGAUUUGGAAGUUGAAGAAUCUUCAUCCGAAGAUGAAAACGAUAGCUCUGAAGAGGAUGAAGUAGAAAUCAGGAAAAAUGUUACAUCUCAACGAACUUCAACACAAACAUCAAAAAAAAGUCGUGGAAUGUUCGCUAUGUUUAAAGGUCUUGUUGGAUCAAAAUCAAUCACAAUGGAAGACAUGCAACCAGCUCUUGAUAAAUUACGUGAUCAUUUGAUUAUGAAAAAUGUGGCAACAGACAUCGCCCAAAAGCUUUGUACUUCAGUUGGAGCGAAAUUAGAAGGAAAAGUUUUGGGAACAUUUGACACCAUAGCAGCCACUGUUAAGUCAACAUUGAACGAUUCUCUCGUUCAAAUAUUGUCGCCUAAGCGAAGAGUUGAUAUUUUACGCGACUGUUUGGAAGCUAAAAAGAAUCAACGACCAUAUGUCAUGACAUUUUGUGGAGUCAAUGGAGUUGGAAAAUCAACGAAUUUGGCAAAGAUUUGUUUCUGGUUGAUUGAAAAUAAUUUGAAUGUUUUAAUAGCAGCUUGCGAUACUUUUCGUGCUGGUGCUGUUGAACAGCUUCGAACACAUACUCGUCAUCUGAAUGCUUUGCACCCUAGAGAAAAGCAUGGAGGAAGAGAAAUGGUUCAAUUAUACGAGAAAGGAUAUGGCAAAGAUGCAGCUGGUAUUGCUAUGGAAGCCAUAAGAUUUGCAAAAGAAGCUUGCAUUGAUAUUGUUUUAGUCGAUACUGCUGGACGUAUGCAAGACAAUGAACCAUUGAUGAGAGCCCUGGCAAAGCUGAUCAAAGUUAAUGAACCUGAUCUUGUUUUGUUUGUAGGUGAAGCUUUAGUUGGAAAUGAGGCCGUUGAUCAGUUGGUAAAAUUCAACCAGGCUCUUGCUGAUUAUUCUGCCAUGGAAAAUCCACACGUCAUUGAUGGAAUUGUUUUGACGAAAUUUGAUACCAUCGAUGAUAAGGUCGGAGCUGCAAUUUCAAUGACUUACAUAACAGGACAGCCAAUUGUAUUUGUUGGAACUGGUCAAACUUACACUGAUUUGAAAGCUUUAAAUUCUAAAGCUGUUGUUCAAGCAUUGAUGAAAUGAUUUUCUCUCAUUUAACAUUUCAUACAUUUUUCUGUAAUUUUCUUAAGAACUUCCAAUACGGGGAGGUCAACGAACCAGAGUAAAUUAAUAAAACUAUUGGGAUAUUUUGUUUGAUGGUUAAAA